UCCCGAUAACAUUAACUGUAACAUGGCUUAUGUUGUCCAAUGGUAAGUGGUUUUUGCGCAGGUCAUGUUUACAGACAUGUUUAAAUAAUUACAAGUGAGAGGUGGGAAAAAUGCAGAAACGCACGGAGACGGUGGACUUUAACUCGCAAAAUUUUAUCCUUAAAGCGAGUUGACGUAUAAACCAAACUUCUACAACUAAGUGCGAAUCACUGUUUAACUGGUUCUGGUUCGCUGACAUGCAUAUUCAUUAGUCACGAUACUUCACUCACGUUGUAAAGGUUCUCUUACUAAAAUUUGUAUCAAAGCUGAAUCCAAAGUCCUGAUACCAUUUUCAAACAAACUUUACGUUGGAAGCGGGUGAUAAUGUACUUUGUAUUUUACAUAUUAAAUUAGUGGGCGAUAUAAAUAUUACAUGUCUCUCAAGGUCAGUUUAAAGGCUCAGAGGAAAAUAAUAUGCAAGAGACAGACAGUAGUAAAUAGUCUGGAAAUUAUAUAUUUUGCGUUCAAGAAAACAAGAUGAAGACAAUGGAAAUCUCAGGCAGCUGAAAUCACAAGUCGACCACUCAAGUGUUUCAUUUCAAACCAUUACAAAAAUGUCAGCUAUAGCUCACGUAUCAAUUCGCUGGUGGAGAUUUAAUAUUUUAGAAAACUGAUGACGCUUUUCGCCCUUAGAGCCGCAGGCGACUCGUCUCAAAUCACCUACCACAGCCACAUUGACAAGAAUAACGUCCACCACCCCUCAAAAACCACAGGCAGCGGUCUAGAUGUUAUGGCUGGGGUAAGCGAGAAAGCAGCGGGCUUUCAAGCGCUUUUCUAGCAAAGCGACAAAUUAAAACGACACGUUUCACUUUUAAAAACUAUAGGAUCUUUUUGUCUGGCUAUCUUGACUACGGCUAUUUUCGCUGCAUUUCUACCAAAACAAAACAACAAUCUAAUACUGCGGCCAUAUUUGGAAGCAUUUAUGAAAGUAUCCAAAGCUAUUAUAUAUAGCCAUGACACACAAACAUUUCGUGAUUAAUGAAUGUUUCUGCUUCAGUGGAAACUUGUGGUAGUCAAUUCAUGCUUUUAACUAUAGAAUGUGAGGGCUCCCGCCACGUGCCCAAAUUACCUCUUAUAAUCUCAUGUUGUAUUGAAUUACCUUUAUCAAGAGACUAUGACCUAAGAACGUUAUGGCCAUCAGCGUCACCAUCCUCUACUUUAAGCACGUAGAGAAAUUUGGAAGGGACGGCGACUUAAUUUAGCAACCGCUGGUUGGGUGAAAUAAAGGAAUAAAAAAAAAGGCAACGUGGCGACGCGACUACACCCUUUGGAAGCCUCACUUUAAAAGACUCCCAAGAACUGUUUUGAUUUCAGCACAAUGAUCUGCCCCGAUGAACUCAAACAAUGUUUACAAAUGCAAACAAAUUCUUCCUGAAUGAGUAGUUUUUGAAGGUACAGCCUUUUAUGCCAUGUGACUGACUUGACACCGCAAGAGUUUAAGCCGACCCGGGUUUUUCUUUUGGUAAACGAUCGUUACCACUUUUCGUAAGACACUUAAUUAUUUUUUGAUCUGUCAUUGAAAGUGUUGUUAAUAAAAAGGAAGAAUUCUAGUCCCAGAAUUGAACUAGACCUCACGUAUACCUAUACAAUCUCGCUUCCUAACCACUACACUGCCACACCGCGAUCACCACAUGACGUAAUACAUACAUUGAAAAGACACUGAACAAUAAGGACAUCACCACACAAUAACUAACCAACCAUGAGUCAACAAUAGUUUCCGCAACACAAAGAAACACCCCAAUUUUUCGAAAAAUGUGGGUAGACAUUAGCAGUAUGCAAAGGUCAGGAAGUGCGGGCGAACAGGUGCCUUUACAACGGGCAAUUCUAUCUUUUUCGAACCACACUAAUGCGUUUUUGUUGUCAUCGAAAACGCAUCGAUCGAUUCGCGUCCACACUAACGUUUUGAUGAGUUUUCGACUGUCAAAACGUUUAAAAACGAUAAAAUUGCACGUUGUGACUUAAUUUUAAGUCCACGCCCAUGCUACCAACACACGGGCCUGCGAUAUUUUCGGUCAUUGUUUUCAUUUUGAUGCGUUUUCGACCGUCCACACCAACACGAUAUGUACGUGUUUUCGUUUUGACCCACUUCAAGAGCGUUUUCAAAUCGCAUUGUAUUAAUGUGGACGGAAGGCCUAAAAGCAUCGAAUGUAUGCGUUUUCAACCGAAAAAGCGUUGGCAUGGUUUUCACUAGCGCAUAAGCAUAAGCACAAGGACAUACGCACGCGCAGAAUGGCAUAUUUGACUCAAUUCUCGAUACCAGGUCUCCUUAACCCAAUGAUAAACAAGAUGGCGGACUUGCUCUGCCAUAUUGCUUUUGAUAUGUUCGCAUGAGGUCUGGGUCAAAGUGACCUAUGAUUGGUCCACGGCCUUGUGCUUAUGCCUGUGCUUAUGUCGACCCCGUUUUCACUGGUCAAAGCUACCACAUAAACAUGAGCACAAGGACAAGAAGAACGAACUUGUCCGUUUUUAUUGUGCUUACGCUUAUGUCGACCCAGUUUUCACUUCUUUACACAUGUGCUUCCGCUUUGUGCUUAUGCUUAUGCGUUAAUGGAAACCAGGCAUUAGUGUGGAUGCGAAUCGGUCGAUGCGUUUUCGUAUUAGUGUGGACAGGGCCUUAGAGUGGAGAGUCGAAAACGCAUUAAAACGGUAGUGUGGAUGCGAGUCGAUCGACGCGUUUUCGAUGACAACGGAAACGCAAACUUUUGAAAACAAAUAAGUGUAGACAGGGCCUUAGCCUGGACUGUCAAAAACACAUUACAAAGGUAGUGUGAAUGCGAAUCGAUCGAUGCGUUUUUGAUGACAGCGAAAACGCAUACUUUUGAAAACGCAUUAGUGUCGGCAGGGCCUUAGUGUGGACAGUCGAAAACGCAUCAAAAGAGUAGUGUGGAUGUGUGGAUGCGAAUCGAUCGAUGCGUUUUCGAUGAUAACGAAAACACGUACUUUUGAAAACGCAUUAGUGCAGACAGGGCCUAAACCUUUUGCUUUUUUGCCAUUGCCAUCGUGACAUCUUAACUCCCUAUUCCUUUUCUUUCAACAGGUCCCAGAUUUAGCGAGGGCCUGAAAUGUUACACUUGUCACACAGACAUUUCCUGGGAUGACUGUGAUAAACGCCGUAUAAUAUAUAACUGUGGGGAGUCCCAAGUGUGUGUUAAAGAACAUGAAAUAGGGCCUGGAUCACAGCAAAAAUUUACUAAGUAUUGUGCACCAGCAGAAGCCUGUACAGACGAUCACUGCAAGAAAGUGGGAAAAAGAUGUACAGUAGACUGUUGUCAUCAAGACCUAUGUAAUGAUAGCAACCAGCCGUACAAUGCGUCCACGAUAGCAACCAGCCGAACAACGAUAGCAACCAGCCGAACAACGCUUGUCUUUUUUAUCCUGUUAGUAAAUAUUAUUUACAAGUUUUGCUUGUUUUGAAUACGCUAUCUUUUGAACGUUAUUUCACGAUUGUGUAAUUCACUAGAAGAAACGUGCAGUAGUUGUGGUUGGGUGCUUGAAGGGCUAAACUUGAAAUCCGGAAAUCCGGGUUCACUUGAUGCCAGACAGUUUCUCGAUCUCGGUAAGGAUGUUUAA